GCUAGGAGCGGGACCGUCAGUCGCAGAGGGACCACGCACGGUGGCGGUCGUGAGUUGUCGUAAUAGAAAGAGAACGUGCAAUAGGACGAAAGGAGCUAAAGAAAGACAGAAAGAUAGAGAAGUUUAGAGAAAAAAGAAGUAAGAGAAGAAACAAAAAAGUCAAACGUAGCGUCGCGUACGUUCGUAGUCGCCUAAUUCGCGGGUCCCGCUCGAUCGUGUGCGCGUGAAAGAGUUUUAACCUCCGUCGUUCGAUUAUCGUGCGUCGUCUCGGUUCGCUCUGGUGCGUGUGGGUCGGCGCGCGCGCGCCUGUGUCCGUGUGUGCGUGAAAAACACCGCACCGUCUUUCGUUACGCGUUUGUGUGUUACAUCGGUAGUAUAUAUAUAUACAAAUAUACGUGCGUCGGAAAGAGAGUAGCGCCGGGUCGCAUACAGUGUGCACGAAAGUAAGAGAGAAAGAGAUAGAGUGGGAAGGGACAACCGGAGCCGAGGAGGAGGAGAGGCGGGUGAGGAGGGGGAGGAGGUACGGAGUGUUGGAUUUGUUUUCUCGCACAACGGUGGAGCAAAACGGCCUCAAACUGUGGGGCUCUGGGGCGUUUUUUCUUCCUCCGCAAGGGAUGUACUACCCCCACAUGGUGCAGACAGGCAUGGCUGCGCCCUACGGUGGGGGUGUCUUCCCCCCGCCGGUGAACGGCGUAGCGGGUGUCGUGGGGGCGGCAGGGGCUGCCGGUGAGGUGAAACCACCACCCCCGGUGCCAGUGAAAGAGGACAACAGCGGCGCACCCCAACAGCCACCACCCAGCGGCCCCCAGGUCCCACCGCCGGCUGGUGCCCCACAUCCAACCGCCCCCGGUGCCCCGACCGCGGCCAGCUUCAGCCCGCCCCCGCCUCCAAACGGCGUCGAUCAACAGGCUAUUUCGGAGGUGUUUCAGGCAGCAGUGGCGGCCGCGGCAGCAGCGGCCGCGGGCGGCGGCGGCCAGCAACCCGCCCCCACACCCGCCGGCAACGAGAGCAACCCCGAGGGCGCCGUCGAGGGCAGCGCUCUGGUACCUGUCACUUCAGGUGCAACCACACCUGCCACCGCAACCCAGGGUACAGACCUGAAAGGUCAACCAAAACGCCUUCACGUCAGCAAUAUACCUUUCCGCUUCCGAGACCCUGAUCUCAGGGCAAUGUUUGGGCAAUUCGGGCCGAUCCUCGACGUGGAAAUCAUAUUUAACGAAAGAGGAAGCAAGGGAUUCGGUUUUGUAACAUUCGCAAAUAGUGCUGACGCGGACCGGGCACGUGAGAGGCUACACGGCACCGUGGUUGAGGGCAGAAAGAUUGAGGUGAACAACGCGACAGCGAGGGUGCAGACGAAAAAACCACCGACGGUACCCAACGUAUGCGUACAAUGGCCAGAGGCCGCGGCGCUGAGAGGAGUCGCCAUCCAAAGGGGACGAGUGGGCGCUGCGAGGGCGGCUUUCCCGACUAGUGCAGCGGCAUUGGCCCUCGCGAGGAACCCGGGGCCACUCGCAGCUGCGGCUGCGGCUACGGCCCUGCAUCCCUUCGCACCUGCCGUUUAUUACGACCCGUUCCUAGCAGCACACGCGGCGACACAGGAUCCCAACUACAGGCUACAGCUGGAAUGGCCUCAAGCAACAGCUGACGCCGCGGCAGCAGCAGCUGCAGCGUCACCAUUGCUGAAGACGCCCCUCUCAACGGCGCAGCAGGCCACCUACGCAGCUGCAGCGACCUACACGGCAGUGGCUGCGCGCGCAUACAGCGCAGCUGCAGCUGCGGCACAACCGGUCGCAGGAUAUGCCGCAGUCGCGGGUUAUGGGCGUGAAUACGCUGAUCCCUAUCUUGGACAUGGUAUUGGACCAGUAGCCGGAUAUGGGGCGACCGUGUACAGGGGCGGCUACAACAGGUUCACGCCAUAUUAAAAAUGGUCAAAUAUCGAAGCGCGAGCCUUCCAAGUACACCGUCGUUGUACUCAGCUGAAUGUGACCAGAACAAACAGAAAUCGACACAAUCAUCAUCGUCAUCCGCCAUCGAUCACCCCACGAAGCGAUGCCUGGAUCCUCCGCGCAUGCUGACGCUAGCCUUCUUCUUCAUCGAUACGGGAUCGUCGACUUUGCCUCUCAUCCACGCGGAAAAGAAGCAAAAUUUUCCCUAAAAGAAACAUCCAGCCAGUGUAGACGAAGUCAACCAACCAAGUCCAAGUUACCAUCACGAACUCAUCACGAAGGACAACCAUUCAGAAGCAAAGAAGAAGGAAAUGGAUAUAGACCGCGCACGGUUCCAGGAUCUUCGAGAGGAAGAGAAGAAAAAUUGGCGAAUUAUUGUGGAUGAGAGUAAUCGAAUAGAUGGACGAUUGAUAGAGAAAAAGGUUCAAGAUAACGAAAGAUGAUAAUAGAAUGGUUUGAAUUUAGAUGUAAAAUUCUAGUUACUCCUCGAUUAGGGUUGCGAAACGGUCGACUAGACGACAAAAGUCCACCGUCGUCGAACUUUCGAACCCUGAUCGAUAAUCGGCGUAGAGAAGAGAGGGAUGGUAGAGACGGGGGGAAUUGGUAAACUGAAUUAGCAGACAAAGAGGAACCGGUUAAAUUGAGUUUCGCUCGAAACAUGCUAAACAUUGGAACAGAUUCGAAUCGAUCGUUUUAAAAAAAGGGGGGAAUGGUAAAUGAUGAUGCUGGAUCAGAGUUGUAAGAGUUUAUAGAAAUGAGAAAUUCUUUCGAAACAUUCUUGAGAGUUGUUUAGUCGAAAUUCACAUGAGAGAACCGUGUGUAAAGGCAUCGCGUCGUUAAAUUUAUCCAUUUAUACGAGUUCAGACCCGGCAGCCAUUUCGAUUUAUACGAAGUUGAACGAGGACAGAGGGGGGGGAACGUGUCGAAUAUUGCCGGUGUACGUGUAUAUAUAUUUGUGUAUAUACAUACAUAUAUAUAUAUAUAUAUAUAUAUAAGUAAAUAGAUAUAGAUAAUUGAUCUCUCUAGAAAUCAAUUGUAAUUAUGCAAUUCGUUGCUCGUGCACGUUUCUAUAAUCGUUGGGGGAAACUUUUAAAACGCGUUUCCGGGCAAGGAUUUUUAUCACGAGAUGAAAAUGGGGGUAAUUUUUAAUCGCAUUACAUACGUUACUCGUCAUUAUUGUACGAUAAUUUCACGCGAAAUCCGAAAGAGGGAGAAGGGAAAUGUUGAACACGCAUAUACACACAAGGAAUUUUGUACAUAAUUCAUAAUUGAUUUCGUGGUUGGGGAAGCGGAAUACGCGACAAAACGAUCACAACACAGAGAGAAUUUUGAAUCAAAGAAGCAAGAGCGAUCGAUCGUUGCUUCUCUCAUAUUUUUCUUUUCUUUGUUUUUUUUUUCUUUCUUUCUUUUGUCUGCAUAUAUAUAUAGAGCAAUCAUUUUUUUUAAUCAAGUUUUAAUCAGAAUCGAGCGAAGGAUUCUCGCGGGAUCUUUUCUAAUUACGAAAAUCGGGAAACACACCGAUUGUCAGACGCGAUGAUAAGACGAAAAAGGAAUUUCGCGCUAAUGGCUGCCGGAAAGGAACUCUUCGCUUCGUGUCGGCGAGGUGAACGCGACUUCCGGUGACAAACGCCAGUCGACAUUGCUCGGUGAUCAGCGAGGAUACGCGAGACCCUUCUUAGGUAGCUAGCCGAGGGAAAAGUUAAGGAGAGAGAGAGAGAGAGGGAGAGAGGGAGGGAGGGAGGGAGAGAGAGAGAAACGACGAGAGCGACGAAGCAGUUAGUUACGCGUGACCGGUAGGGUUUCUAUGCCAAAUAUAAUGUGUGUGUGUCUAUGUUGCGCUUGUGGGCGCGCGUGUGUGUGCGUAGAUUCGCGGCUAUAGAGAUGUAGAAUAGUUAAUAUGGCGGAAGGGAGAGAGAACCCUUUGGACGAGAACUCUGAGAAAGCAAGAUUCUGGGAAACAGGAUCUAGUCAAAUCAGUCUCUACCGGUUCCUAAUCGAGAUUACGUCAAUGUAACGCAGCUUUUUUUUUUUUCUGAAUACUCAAGGCUUCGUCGAUGCUCCGAUGGGAAAGAUGGAAAAGGAAAGAACGUGGCAGCAUUUUUUUUUUUUUUUUUUUUUAGAUAUGGAUAUUCUUUUGUUCUGUCUUUUUUUAUUAUUAUUAUUAUUAUUAUUAUUAUUAUUAUUAUUAGUACUACUAUUAUCUUUUUUUUAAGGAAUGGUCAGUUUUUCGAGGGAAACGGAGCUUGUCGAUCGAGGUUUCUAACGCUCUCUUAUUUUCUAGCUACUUUUUGGUGGAGGAAUUGGAAUAGAAGUUAAUUUUUUCUUUGUAAGUUAUCUAGUUGUAUAAUUAUAAAUAAUCGAUUUCGAAUAUUUUUCUACGUGUUUCAUCGUAAUUAUCUGGAAUUAUCAUUCUACUCGCGAAAUUCUUUUAUGGAACAUCGAUUGAUAGAGAGGGAGCGAUUCCAAUUCCUCAAAACUGUCGUCUGCACGCGAGUGACGCAUAUUCUCGUGCGACAAAUAUGUGCGAUAAGAUGUUCGAUCAAAUUCGUGCAAAAAAAAAAAAAAAAAAAAUUGUAACGAAGCUCGUAACGAGUGAUCGAGAACGUUGAAAUUAAUAGACUGAUCCUUUGAGAAACAAUCUUUAGAAGAGCCUCCCGCAGGAUACUCUGAACUUGUGAUAUUUCAAAUAUUGUUUGUCAUCUAAUAAUUAACACCUAUCCACCGAAGAUACUAUAUUUUACUCUCGUAUAAACUCACUUACACAUGUACAUUAUAUUUUCAUUAUAUUUGUGUUCAAGUUCCUCGAGUUUCCACCGCGUUCUCGAUCACAUGAAUCUGAUAAUAUAAAAUUCGCUGUCUAAUCCGCUUCUCGAUCGAUCGAAAAGAAAUUAGCUAUAUUUGUUUUGUUCUUUUUUUUUUUUCUUUAAACAUAAUCAUGAAAACAAAUGAGAGAAAGUGAAAGAGAUAGUAACGAGAGAAAAGUGAGAGAGAGAAAGAGAGGGAGAGAGAGAGAAAGAGAGAGAGAGAGACUCACACACAAACACAGACACACAUAAACUCGAAAUACUCCAAAGCAGAGUAUUUUGUAAAAAAAGAAAACAAGAAAAAAAAAUGAAACGCGAAAGGGAAAUGGUACGCACAUUGAGCCGAGUGAGUGAUAAUCCCUGUUAAAACAAAAAAAAGUUCUAGUUAAGUGGAGAUUUAUCGUAAUAAAUAUAUACAUAAAUAAAUAUAUAUAUAUAUAUAUAAAUAUAAAUAAAUAUAUAUAGGUAAGUCGUGUUGCGUGACUCAAAGUGGAGUGCAAGUGAGGAGGAAUGCGAGUGGCCAUGAGUGAAUGAACUUGAGAGUGAAAGGAAGAAAUGGAAAGAAACGCAGGUGAGAAAAGGAAACGAGACACAAAACGCGAGGAACAAAGUUAAAAAGUGAAAGACACGCGAUGGUUAUACGAAAAGGGGGAAAAAAAAAAAAAAAUAGAAUACAACACAAAGAAAUCGUGUGAAAUAGCCAAAUAUGACAAAUAUGUUCUUUUCUUUUUUUUUCUUUUUUUUUUUAUUCUAUUUCUUCUAAUCUUCUUUUAUUCUUUAUUAUUAUUAUUUUUUCUACGUAGAUAGCGCGACAGGAACUAGUUACUGUCGCUGGAUUACGUUUUAAAAUCUAAAUCUAUCGUUAGGAUAGGUCACUAGGCUAGGGGAAAAAAAGAGGCAAACCGGCCGUAGAAUUAGUUUUCUAUGGUUCACCAACCGGAACCAUGAUGGCCGCUAUGCGACAAAAUCGUAUAUUCUGAUUUUUCAAUUUUGCGUGUGCGAGCGCCAGUACAUGUAAAUAAUAACAUUAUUAACUAUAUACGAUUAGGGAUCGACUGUAAUCGAUUUCGUCGAGCACAAAAAAAAAGGAUUGGAAACGGGAUCCCGUUCCCGUUUUUUUUUUUUUUUUUUUUAAUAAUUUAAGGAGCUAAACCGAACAACUCAGAACAUACUCAUUGAUUCUUGUAACGUUAUAAAUUAUAAACAAGCGUAGAUUUUAAAGGAGAAGCUAUACAAAUAAUGAGAUAAUGAAACAGUGGGGGGGAUAAUAGAAGGACGACGAGGAGGGGGAAAAAACACAAGAUAUGCUAGUGAUAUAGAAAUGAAAAUAUUCGCAAAACAAUUCCCCGAGAAGAGAGCAAAAGAGAGAGAGAGAGAGAGAGAGAAUGAAAGAUAGAGCGAAAGGAAAAGAAUUCUCGCGCGAAAAACGUUCCUCAAACGUGACGAGGAGAGAAUUCCAUUUUUCUUUAUUCUUCUCUUCGAACCUUGUCUGUUGCGCGACCAUCGUUCCUCUUCGAACGAGUACAUUUUUCAUACAAAUAUAUACACACACACAUACACCUGUAUACAUAUAACAAGAGAGAACUUCCUGAAAGAGAACCUGAUAUUUAUGCUCGAAAAUGACAUGCGAUUCGAUAAUAUAAUAAUAUUGGAAAGGAUACGCUCUGAUUAGUGAUUCGUUUGCAGAGGAACGUCGCGUUUUAGAUUUAGGGGGAACCAGAAAGCGAGAUAAGCGGAUCUAUCCCUGUAUAUUGUACACUGUAAUUACAAUUUAUACUUACUCGUAAUCGAUUACCUUUAUCGGUAGGCUAUUACAACUAGUGGCUAGCGUAAGUCAAGCUCAAAAAUAGGCGAGACCCAUCGUCUCCGCGUCUUAUUCUUCGUCACGAGUGCACAACUCCUCUUUCCCCCCUCCCUGCCCCCCCAUAUUUCCUCCUCUUGUUCCGGACUUUUAUCGAAGCGUGUUCUCCGAUUGCGUACGCAGGCCUAUAAUAUAUAUAUAUAUAAAAUAUAUAUAUAUAUAUUAUUCUCGAUGGAUACGCCAAUAAUCGUCGCCAUCGAGAUGUUAUUUUUCAUUUAUUUCCCUUUUCAUUUUAUUCGAUUAUUCUUUUUUUUUUUUGUCAUAUGCUUGAGGAAAAUUUCGUCGACGAUCAUGGAUAAAAAAAAAGAAAUACUCUUGCAAAUAUUCGUAAUUCGCAUACGAGUGAUCGAUGAAUCGUGUAAUUGUACGAUUGAUAAAUACUCGAUCGCAAUCACUUGAUUCGAUGAUUUGAUUAAAGUUUUAAUCAAGUUAAUUUGUUCGCGACUCGCAAGGCUUGCGAUAUUUCUUGAUACGUGAACGUGAGGGUGUUAUGUAGGGAUGCAUUCGAAGCGAAUUCGAAAUAUUCGUGAUAUGUUUUUUAGAAGAAUGCCACGCGCGGAACGUAAAUCAUAAUUUAAAUUCGGGUAACGAGUUUGUUAAGGAAAAGUAUGAUGAUGUAAAUAAAGAAAUCUCGCUUUUAUCGCUUCCGUUCAUCGGGAUCGGGAUCUUUUGGAUCUUGUUUACGUGUCACGAGAUAUCUUGUAUAUUUAUCCGAAGAUAAAGGGGGAUAUAAGUAGAUCCAAGAAUAAUAAAUGAAUUCCUGUACAAAAGAAAAUAAGAAAAUUAGAGGUAGCCAGGAAUAGAUUAGAAAUAGUAUCUGUUUUCCAAACUUCUUCUCUUAGAAGAAUCUAGAAUUCGUCUCGAGGAUAGAAACGCGGAUACUAAUCUUCUUCAUAUUUCUUCUAGAAAAAUACUAAUUUAUACAUAUAUAUAUACAUAUAUAUAUUCGUGUAAAAAAAAAAGAAGAAAGGAAGUGCUUCGCGACUUUGAUAGAAUCCUCUCUCCUUGCGAAUUGUACAAAAGAAUAAUCUGAAUAUAAUUAAAUAAUCGCAUGAAACACGCACGAUUCGAUCGUCGAUCACUUUCUUACGUGUAACAAAAAAUUAACAACCAAAAUUAAAAACUAAAGCGAGUGAUGGAACGAAGAAAAGAUUCCACCUCGUCCGACGAAUUCGUCCCCCCUCCCCCCUUUUUUUUUUGCUUGUUGUCAUUGAUCAUUUAUCACGUAUUAUUAUCUUUUUCUUUCUUCAACCGCGUACGUUCUCGAGUGCUAGCGGGUAAAGUGGAAUCGCAUUGUAAAAUAAAUCCAAUACGAUCGAUACGCACCGAUUAUACAUAAAUAUAAAUAAUAUUGAUUCUACUCUUAAUUAAUUAAUUAAUUAAUUAAAGGCAGUAAAAACCGUAAACGGGAUUUUUAAAGAAGUGAAUCUAGAUGACUAACAUGAACUUAACGUAAACGACACAUCUUUACGAGCAACAUAUCCUAGCGUAACUAGGCGGCGUAACGUUGGCCCCGUUCCGCUCCUAAUCCUCCGCCCGUCGGAAUCUCAAAAUUCGCGCGCGUGGCGAACGCACAUUUUCCUCCGCUCUCUUUCACUUGGGAUAAGAUUCUCUCUUAAAGAGAAUUGGACCUUCUCUUCUCUUAAUUAAUCUGAACGAGACAAUUGGGCGCACUAUGUACACAUGAUCCACGCGAGGCAAUCAACCGAGGAGGAUUUCGAGCGCGACACGCGGCCAUCUUCUUUUUUUCGAAUUAUCGCGAGGCAAAUAGAGAGAGAGAGAGAGAGAGAGAGAGUGUGUGAGAGCGCGAGAGAGAGAGAGAGAAAGAGAAAGAGAGAGAUAUGGACAAACGAGGAAAAGAAGAGAAAAGGGGAUAAAAAUUAACAAAUAAGGGAUGUUCCAUGACAUUAGGGCGUUAUUAACGAUAAUAAGUCUAUAAUUUAGAGAGUGCGUGGGUGAUGUUGUGGAGAGAGCCGUGUGUUGAAUGAGCGUGAUGAUGAUUUUGGCCCUGGUCGAAUCGGCGCGAUUAGAAGUAAGUUCUUGGACGUUCAUUGGGCAUGAGGGGAAUACGAUUAUUAUUAUAUCAGCGAUUGAUCAGGGGGAAAGAAGAGUGAAGGGGUGGGGGAACGGUGGUUUGAGAAAUUGCGCGCGCGAUUCGAUGGUCGAAAUACAAAAAAUGGAGGGUGAUUAGUAAUAACGUUUCGAUAAACGAGGAAAAAGAAGGAGCAGAAAAUGCGAAGAAUGGUAUAUAUAUAUAUAUAUAAAAAGAAAAAAGAAAAUUAAUUACGAGAUAGAGAACAUCGUAAAAAAAAAAAAAAAGCUAAAUGCCACCUGUUUUUCGCUUCUCUCGCAGUGUAAACGGAUUCGCAACGGGGGACGCGUGCGAACAGCCAUCGGUUUCUGGUUGCGAAUCCAACCAUCUGAGGAAAAGAAUUAAAAAUGAAAAAAAAAAAAAAGAAAUAAUAUGCUAAAGUAGGCGUAAGAGACAUUUGCGCCGAGAAAAACGCAGGAAAGUUGAGAAUUACAUAUACUCACACAUCCGCGCAGAAAACACAUUUACACGCGAUGGAAAUUCGAGAAGUAUAUUGAUGAAUCCGCAGGAAAAGAAAGCAAAAAAGUAAAAAAAAAAAAAAUAAAUAAAUAAGUAAAUAAAAUAAUAAAUAAAUAAGAAUUAAAUAUAACGAAAAAAAAAACAUCAGGUUAAAGAAUACAACAAAAAAAAAAAAAAGAAUCGAGAGAACAAGGAUACGAUCAACUCGAAACUUUAGUUGCAAAAUACUGAUAGGAGUACACGGGGUGUCGUUCGGAACACCUUUAUCAUUGUCUGAUUUGAUGAUAUUUUGUAAGUCUGGACCAGUUGUUAGGUUCUUAUUACUCCCAUAGCGACUUCUUAUGGCGUAUUUUCUCUGUAUAUUGUCAAUGUUUAUUAUUAAAUAUUUUUCAAAUAAA